AUGUCUUGUUGCAGGCCUGCCAGUAACAUCAUGUCUUGUUGCAGGCCUGCCAGUAACAUCAUGUCUUGUUGCAGGCCUGCCAGUAACAUCACGUCUUGUUGCAGGCCUGCCAGUAACAUCAUGUCUUGUUGCAGGCCUGCCAGUAACAUCACGUCUUGUUGCAGGCCUGCCAGUAACAUCACGUCUUGUUGCAGGCCUGCCAGUAACAUCACGUCUUGUUGCAGGCCUGCUUGUUGCAGGCCUGCCAGUAACAUCACGUCUUGUUGCAGGCCUGCCAGUAACAUCACGUCUUGUUGCAGGCCUGCCAGUAACAUCACGUCUUGUUGCAGGCCUGCCAGUAACAUCACGUCUUGUUGCAGGCCUGCCAGUAACAUCACGUCUUGUUGCAGGACUGCCAGUUACAUCACGUCUUGUUGCAGGCCUGCUAGUAACAGCACUUCUUGUUGCAGGCCUGCUAGUAACAGCACUUCUUGUUGCAGGCCUGCCAGUAACAGCACUUCUUGUUGCAGGCCUGCUAGUAACAGCACUUCUUGUUGCAGGCCUGCCAGUAACAGCACUUCUUGUUGCAGGCCUGCUAGAAACAGCACUUCUUGUUGCAGGCCUGCUAGUAGCAGCACUUUCUAA